GAUAAAGACUCAAUGAUUAUGAAGAAUGCUUCGUGAUUUUUUAGGCUGUGUAACGUACUGAACGUGAACCACGUGGAUUAUGUAUGGAGAAAUUUCAAUUUGAUAAAGGAAAGGUCAUUCGCUUAUAGAUAAAAAGUGGAUCAAAUUCUCUCCGGCCGUUUCUGUUUCUCUUUACCGAAGAACCGGAUAGAAAAUAAGGACUCUUGAUGGCAUUAGAAGAUGAAUACUUGGUAUGCCUGUUGUACUGAAACUCAUACUGAAAGAUUUUGAUUAUGACUACAUGGCUCGACGCACACAAAAGGGCUCCGUGAUACGCUACGGAGACCAUGAACAAAUCCACAUCAUAGAGGUCGUUCCAUCCAAAUCCAAGAAAACUGAAAAAUUUUCCGACCCACUUUGAGAUGAGAGUGAUCAAUCAACUUGUUAAACCUGCAAGAAUUGGCAGGCACGCAUGAUACUUGUACAACUCACCGACAUUCAUAGACGUAAAUAAUCCUCCUGAAUGUUAAGAUCUUCUGUUCUACUGGUCCACCCACUCUUCCUCGACACGAUACCCAAAUGCCCAUCGGAGGACACUCGACAUAGCAAUAGCAUGGAGAUGGAAAAAAGGAGCAUCAGCAUCCCUGUUCUCCACCGCAAGACUUUUGCGACGAUUUUUUGACACCGCUCACAUCGUUUGUUUCCAUAAUGAAAAACUCCCGACGAGAAACAGUCCUAGUUUAUUGUUUUUUUACGUGUUCGAACCACGAGCGAAAGUAAGAUCAUCAUGCCUCCUUUUUACUUUGGCGUCCUGACUGUCGUCAUGCAAAUUCAUCAAAGUAUCUCUGGCAUGCAGAACUCACUGCAGUGAAAUCCAAUCAAGUGUUGACGAGAGAAACAAAAACAAACGAGUGAAUCAAUGCAGCAAACGAGUCAGGAACGUCUGUCAAAACGGAUGGUCGUCCUCAUCACGUUGUAAUAUCUUCAUUUUUGUGAUUGAUGUUUCAUCUUUUACAACAAGGCGCACUCCGAAGUUUUCUGCGCUUUAGCGUUGUGGCCCUGUGCGUAGCCCGCAGAAACCCCUCGCUUUGAUAGGAAAACCUGUCUUAGCAACUUUUUCUUUGGUUAGAUAGUCCUCAAAGAGUCCAAGUUAAAAGUGAUAUUGCGCUAACGCCUAGAUUUUGACAGUAAGGCUUCAUUGAAUUAUAGAUGUGCAGAUGACUAUGAUGUAUCCAUCUGAUUAAAUUAUUUUGCAUGUCGUGUUGGUUUGUUGGUAAACAAGGAGAAGGCCAACAAGUUGUUUGUUUUUCUGAAUAGAUACUGCCCAAUUACCUCUUAGUGAUUUAAAUUUUCUUUCCCCUGUUGAUUUGUUUCCACCCAAAAUCAAAAAUGAUGGACAACACAUCCAUCGCAUCAAGCGUUCGCCCUUAUGCUGGGUUGCGCGCUUUCAUCUUGUCUCGCGAUGAAGAUCCAUCCUCUGGGGUCACGUAUUAUCAUGUGACGUUCGUUCUGCCUGGCGGAGGGUCUGGUGCGUUUGGCGACAAUGCUUUCACUAGUGGAACAGGUGCCGCAACUGGAGGAGGUGUGGGUAGUAGUAUUAUGGCUAGAAACUAGGACUAGCAAAUACAAUGAUUAGCAAUUGUACUAGUGCAACCCUAAACCUAGAGAUACUAGCUACAACAAUGGUGAGAUCAUUGCAGAUGCAGGCGCAGAUCAUUGCUUCCUCUCUCUCUCUCUUCGUUCCCUUCCUUUCUCCACUUCUAAGCCUCUCCCUUCCGAUCUGCUUACGCGCCGACGCUUGGAACAGCAUUCGGGACUAUUAGGUGGCUGUUUCGCUGGCAUUGGUAGUGUCAUGGCAGCAACGGCUGGGCUCAGCGAGUCCUCUUCGCGACGUGCAAUAGCUAAUGUAGGGGGCGUUGUGCCGAAUGUGGACGCAGGAGUGGGUACAAGCAUUGAUGGUGACGCAGCAGUCGGGAGUUCUUCUUCAAGUAGACGGGAAGCGGGUGGGCCGGGAGUUGCUAGUAGCUUCCAACAAACAGCUAAUAUUAAUGCGUUCGAUGCACCAUCGGCUCCAACUUCUAUGGAACAAGACAAUAACCUACGUUGGCGUGUACGCAAACGCUAUAGCGAAUUUUCUGAGCUUUACGACGUCUUGCGAUUCAAGUACAAUCUUUCUGCGGUUUCCUUCCCAGGUCGUCUGUGUUGGAGUCUCGACGGUAGACAGCGGAAACUUGAAAAUUUUCUCAAUUUCGUGCUGGAGUUGGACACGACGAGUGCUCUCGUUAGUACAACUACUAGUACAAUGGAUACAACUGGAGCACCGUCACCAGGGUCUUCUUCAACCGGAACAACCGUCGACCCGACCAACGCUCUCCCACGAACGCAAGUCCUACGGCAAUUUGUGAGUCCGCCAUUGCACCUACAGUUACAGAGUUGGUCUGCAGCCUCGAUGCCGGGAUCGAGGCCGCCAAUGAGCUUGAUGGAACAGAGGAUGUUUUCUAGUCCUCCAGCAUUGAUCAUGUCUGGAGAAGGCGAAGCUAGUGCUAUAAUGGGGAACAACAUCGUUCAAGAACCUUCCGCUUCAUCGUUAUCAAUUGAAAAUGGAGAAGAACCACAAGAAUCGCAAGCACAAGCAAACAAGCAACUACUUGAUGUCCGGACUAGUGCAGCUGAGAAAUACCGAAGGGCUUCUGGAGCAGCAGGUGGAGCACGAACACAAUCAGCUCAGGAAAUACUGACUGCAACCUGUGGUUGCGGUCCUUGCAUCCCUCCGGUACUUGGCGACUCGGAUGGGCCUCUAGCGAUUUUUCGUCCGGAUCACAAAGAUCUGCUCCGUCAACGCGCACUAGGAGAGGACGCCCAAAUUUCCGCUACGCACGCAUUGAUCAACGCUAUGGACACACAACUUCUCGCCUACUUGUUUUCGUUCCUUCCCGCAUCAACGGUGGCGAAAACCCUGCCCUCAGUGUGCACGGCUUUUUGGUUAGGCACCAUGUGCUCUAGCUUGUGGACUGGUGGACUCACCUACAUUCACACGCAUGCACCUUGCGAGCAGAAGCUUUCGGGCUUUCAUCGAUUGCUGUCCCACGUCUGCAGACCGUUGGAGCGACUGCAUUUCGAAGCGCUAGUGGGGAAUGAGCGCUUGUUGGAACCGCUGCCUUUCCAUAUCCAGUUCUCGAAUCUUCGAGAGGUGCAUUUGGGAACACAAACGAAACGCGGCACGGACUUGAUCAGCCAAUUCUUGGAAGCCAUCGGCGACGUCGCCAAACUUCGAAAGCUUACUCUGGACGUCCCCUUCACGAUUGCCUUGCUGAAAGAUCUUCAGGCGUUGCUGCUUUUGAACAGUUUUUUGGGCGCCGCGUUUGCGCUGCAGGAACUUCAUCUUUUGUUCAAGCCCAGUGUGGAGAUGGAUGCAGGAUUGGACUUUGUCACGUUGGAAAUACCGCAGGAACCCAUCAUCGAUUGGCUCUUUAAGGAUCCGCCCGCAGCAAGUGCUGCUGAUGAAGAGGGUCCAACAGGUGGCGCUAUGAAGGGUGAAGGAAAGACGGAAAUGGGAGGCACUAGUAUUAAGGCUGUACCUAAUAUAUCUUUGGGCGUAUCCUUGGAACUACGUAUGGAGGAGUAUCCUAAGGGAAUACUCCACCCCCAUACUUUUCAAGGAUGCGCUUGAAAGAUGAAUUACGGACAGCUCUAAUAGUACUCGUGUGGGACGAGGGAAGAGUACAACAACUACAACUGCGGUUGGACGGGGUCUUGGGGGUUCGUCAUCUUCUCGAAUGCAGCCGGAUGAAGAUCAGAAAAAUAUCGCUUCUGCGAGCGGAACUCAAUCCACCAAGAAGGAUGCCAGUACUUCCUCAAACCCUGCUUCUUCACCGACCUCCUUCACCUUUUCCCCGAUUCCCUUAGAGACCGAACGCCUCACUUGGCGCGAUGCCGCUUCAUCCUCGCCACCCUCCUCACCUGACGUCGAGCCGCUUCCACUUGGGACUGAUGCCACGAGCAGUUUCAUUGAUACUAAAAAAGACUCCAGUCCUUCUACGGCGAAGAAAGUAGUCGAACCACGAAACAUCCCAAACAAGGACAUAGUUUUUGCCGGCCUAUCGAUGGCAAAUGCAGACAAUUAUUUUGCCGACGAAUUCGCUAUUCCCGAGCCACGAGACAAGAAAGGCGACAAGAACAAAAUGGCGAAGAAAAUUAUGAACAAUGAGCCAGACCGAUACAUGUUACAGCCUAGAAUAGAAGUCAGAUGUCAGAUGACUUCAACAACGAAAGUGAAGCUACAGAAACAGAUAUAAUCUCCAUGUAUUAUCUCCCUCCCCACCUUCCCCCCACCUCUAACUCCCAACCUAUCUACUACGUCACCUUGCAGAAACUCUCUAUCGCUUUAUCACCGGGCUUUCGCGAAACUGGGCUUCGCCGCGAAUUUCGAGAAUUAGGACAGAAUCCUACCUACUUCGACGAAAAGGUGAAAUUGCCUUACGUUAGUCCGAUUCUACGUCGUGUGCACACGUUUUUUCCGAGUUUGGUCGAAGUGGAAAUCGACUUUUUGACCGAAAACCUCAUUUGGUGCUUACGAGAUCCACCACAGAGGGGGGGUGGCGCGACUUUUCGAUUGGGAGGGCCUAUGCAGGAAAGGGGUAUUGGACGUGGUGGCACCAUUGGAGGUGGAGGUGCUGGUACGAGAAAUAACAAUAACCCCAAUACUAGCACUUCUUCACAACAGCGAGAUGAAGAUGAUCAACAAGAUUAUCAUGACCCCAAUUUCCCAGACCAGACCUUCUUGCCGAAUAUUAAGUCCUUCACGAUUCGUGGAAAUUUGAUGCGCAUCAAGCACGUGAAAGACCAGAUCUUCUGCUUACUGCUGAAGAAACUGGGUCCUAAGCUCGAGUCCUUCCGCUUUCUUCCCGAAGCAGAGUUACCAUUCUUGGACAUGUACAAGGGCAUGGUGUUUGGCCAUAGCUACGCUAACCUGGGAGAAGAGUUGAGGGACCGGAGAAUGACCUUGAAGCGGUUCGAAGUCGAUUGGAUUUACUUCAACACGAAUGCAAUACGAGCAAUCGGAGACCAUUGUCGGGAGAGCUUGGAAAUACGUACCUACUUAUUUAGCUGAUCAUCAUGUUCCUUCUGAAUUUAACUUUUUGUCAAAGAAACCACUAAGCCAACUGCGCAGUUGGCUCAGUGGUUUAUGCGUUGACCACCUGUACACUUAUGAAAUAUCAGAAAGUGCACCUCUGUCAAGUGGGUGCGCUUUCACCUUUCAGGCCACUGGGGACAGCACCAUUCUCAUUGCAUCACGCACUACAGUCCGUCUCAACGCCUGCGACCACUUGACCGACGAAAGCACUGAGGUGUUGAAGAACACAUUACCGAAACUGGAAAUCCUGCGUUUGCGACAGUCCAACGGCUUCACUGAUCUAACGAUCCAGCACCUGGUGCAGUGGGGCGAGUCAAAUCAGAAUUUCAAGCUCGAACUGGAACCUUCCUACGCUCAAUCUUCGUUCAUGCUGACGCAACUGAAAGGAGCUUUGAAUUAUCCGGAAGAGAGCGGCGGGUAUUGGCCAGGGGCGGCGGUCGAAGCGUUUGUUGUCAGGACAUUGCAAAGGGAGCGGGAAAGGGAGAAUGCGGAACGACAACAACGUGAACGUGCUGGGGGUGGACAAGAUUUAGUAGUACUAAACAACGGGAACGGUGAACCUGAAACACCUACAACACUACAACAAAUGCCACAACUACCACAGCCUUCGAGACUGAUUUUACUUCAAGACAAGUUGGAUGGCUACCGAAAUGCAAAGAGCAAUCCUAGUCGAUCGAGACGUCAGCGAUGUGUUUUGGAGAAUAACUAGAUAGAAGGACUGCCUCCACUAGCUUUUUGACUUUUUGCAUGUCGAAUAAGAUAUAUUACCGCGCUUGUGUGCUCUUGCUAGUAUGUGAGUAUUAAGACAGCUGAAAGACUAAAAGACAGAAUAGCAUGACAAAUUCGCUCUAUUGCCGGCGGAGGGAACUAAAAGUCGAUGAAUACUUGAUCAUUCGGGGGCUCGUCUAUUUAGGAAAUGAAACUUGUUGACUAUCGUCUACUCGAUACUCGCCUCUUGUGUAUGAAAUGAAACCCUGUGCAGUUAAACUUAAAUAUGAGAACGAGUUCACAGACCACCAGACCAUCAAAAUUAUUCUUAUUGGUAGUUGUUAUAAAUGCUACCGUAACGGUAAUCAUGACGCUGACAUCACUGUGUGUAAAGAACGCAACAACCCUGCUUGAAAUUCAAAUUUACUGCUGCACAUCAAGAAAGCGAACAAACAAAAUCCGGUUGACGUCGACGGGCAAGCACUAUUCUUAGAGGUUACGGAAUUACAUUCUUCAGAACAUCCCUGGCCUCUUUUCUACUAGGAAAAGAGUCAGGGAUGGUAGUGAGGAAUGCAAUUCGGAAACCCCUAAUAUUCCACCUUAUCUUCAUCUAGCCC